AUGUCGGACGAUCACUACCUCAACUUUGCUUUCGCGUCGCCAUGUCGCAAGUCGUCCGAGACGAUGGAGAUGCGAGCGAGGGGCUUACCAGCCUAUCCUCCCGCAGCUCACACCUCUCCCAACUACGUCAAUGGUCAGGAAGAAAAGUCUUACUUGGACAUGAACGACGCCAUCGAAGUGCCAGCGUACGGUGCAGCUGAGGGUAGUCGAAUUCGGGCUGAAGGUGGCGAAGGUGCACUUCAAACGUCCCCCGCUGCAACGCCCAACAGCGUGUCCGGCACCUCUAGUCGGGCAGGACGUGCUGAAUCUGAUCAGAACAGACCCACAGCUUGCGUCGCUACAGCACCUUUGCCCUUCCUAGGAGCAGACAGUCGAGCGGACUAUGGGACGCACGAGCUGCAUAGAGAGUUUAAGCCUAGACACGUCACUUUUAUAUCGUGGGGACACGCUGUUGGGGUAGGAAUCUGGCUCGGUACGGGCGGCAUACUUGCCCAUGCUGGACCUUUGGGUCUCUUGAUCGGGUACAUGAUCAUGAGCCUCACCGUUUGGCUUCUCAUGAAUUGCCUGUAGGUCUGACGUGUCGGAAAGCCUCGACUUUACAAGCUGAAUCUUCUCUCCUUUGCGGCUUCGUCCUCAAAACUUGCAGCGGGGAGAUGAUCAGCUUCUUGCCUCUCAACGGAGGUCACAUUCGAUUGGCUGGCCGCUUCGUCGAUCCUGCAUUGUCUGCCGUAAUCGGUUGGUGAGCAUAACCUAACCCAGAAAUAUGACUCGUGAUUGGGCGAUUCUUGUUCCUCACACGAUCUGGCCGUCCGUUGCCGCGCAGGAACAUCAUGCUCAAUGCAUGCUUCACGCUGGCAGCAGAGAUCAACGCCUUGUCGGUCAUCGUAGGAUAUUGGACGGAUUUUGCACCUGCCCUCUUCAUGAUACUGGGCUUGGCCACCGUCCUGUCCAUCAAUUGUCUUCCCGCUAGGCUGUAUGGAGAAUGCGAGUGAGUGAUAUUGGCCUAAAUGAAGCUCGACAUGUAGUAUUCAAGCAGUACGUCUUCCUCUUCUUUUUGCCAGGAUGUGGUUCUCUCUUGGCAAGCUUUUCGCACUGUGAGUCGCAAUAUCUUGAUCAUGGACUCCAAGCGUUGACAAGCAAAUGCUGAGCGUCGGAUCUGGUCAUGUUCAACAGCGUAGUCUGCUUCUUCAUCUGCAUCGCAAUAGCAGCUGGAGCUGGUCCCAACGCCAAAGUGAUUCGUUUUAAGUAUUGGGAACCCCCAUAUGCGCCUAUCCGAGACUACAAGAUUGAUGGUCCGCUCGGCAGGUUGGCCGGCGUGCUGAGCGCGACGAUCCAAGCUGCGUUCAGCAUGAGUGUGAGUAGGGGAAGUAGGACCUACAAGACGGCACCAAUAUCGCUCACACCCACUGCCCUUUACACUGGACCGUUCAGGGCAUUGAGUGAGUUUACCGCCGGCUCAAUGACGUCAUCAUCCUCUCUUCUCUGAUCGUCCUCGAUAGACUUUUGGCGCUAGCAGCAGCAGAGACGAGGAACCCUCGAAGGGUUCUUCCAAAGGCUCUAGGCAUCGUCAAGAUGAGGAUCUGUUUCGUGUACAUUGGAAUAACGUGAGCUGAGUCGUGAUUGCUCAAGCACGGAUACUCGAAGAGUCGACUCACUGGCGCGACGCUUGUCCACAGCUUUGUGCUGGGCAUGGUAGUUCCUGCGGACGACCCGGCUCUCGUGAAGGAGCAUAAAGGUACCUCGGCCUUCAUCAUCGCUAUGGAGCACGCGCGCAUACACAGUAAGUAUGCCCGGCCCCUUGGGAAGAGCGCUCGCUGAUAUUCAAAGCUUGUUUUCACCUUGGCACAACGAAGCAUUCCCACACUUCGUAAGUUACAUAGCCCUCCACUCCUGCUUCAUGUUUCAAAGGGCUCGUAGCUCAGAUCGAGACUUUUUGGCACUGGGAGAUGAACGCGGCCAUCGUUGCAGCAACCAUAUCGGCAGGCUGCGCCACUCUCUACGUCGCCUCUCGCUCGUUGUAUAGCUUGGCCCAGAAAGGAUAUGCUCCAAAGCAGUUCAAGUAUGUCACUCCGUAUGGUCUGCCUUGGACUUGCGUCUUGGCGGCCUGCGUCCUUGCAAGUAUAUGUUUCCUUGGCGAUAUGUUCGGUGCCGUCGACUUUUUUACGUGAGUGCUAGCUGCAACUACGCGUCACAGCCAAGGGUGCAAAAGGCUGGGCCGCGCUCGCGGGCUAGAACAGCUAGAGUUUGCAGGCUGAUGUACAAAUUCUAUCCUGUACUGACAGCUUCCUGCAACGACUUUCGGCCAUCAGCGCGAUGAUGGGCUGGUGGGCGAUUGCUUUUGCAUACAUCCGAUUCAGAGCAGGAAUGAAAGCCCAAGGCAUGGCACAUGACUCUUUGCCCUUCACGGCAGUCGGUGCGGUGAGUACGUAGAAUCCAUCCUUCCUUCCUAUGGUCGGCGAGCUCACACUGUUGGGCAUCCCUCCUCCCUCCUCGCUUGUGGCGCCUCUUGAAAGCUGACUGGCGCGUGGUUCGUGAUGGGCAUGACGACCACCUUGAUCAUCGUCUCUGGCUGGGAGGUGAUUCACAAAUUCGACGCUGGCAUUUUGAUCUCUAGCUACCUGCCACCUUUGCUCUGCGUUGCGUUCUAUAUCCUCUUUAGACUGAAGCUCAAGACCCGCAUCAUCCCAGCUGUAAGUUUCUGGUGCCUUCUGACAGAUCCAGCUGUUGACGAUGAGCCAUCGCUUGAUCAUCUGAUGCACAGGCAAACAUCGAUCUUGUCACUCACGUCGACGCCAUUGCGGAGGAUAACGUCCGGUACAACGAAGAGGAGCGUCUGGCGCGUGAAAAGCAGGAUCAGCUAGCCAGGUUCUACUCCACCAUCAUGCUCUGA